UCUCAGGAGUCAUCAGGUAGGGACCAGUGGUGCUCACCAGAUUGAUGCAGGUUCAAAUCGGUGCCAGUGCUGAGUCUGAGGCCACUCAGCAAAUGUCCCAGCGUAUACCUGCCACUUGCUGGGUGCUCUCACACCUUUAUGGUGGUUCGAAGUCUCAGGGAGUCAUCAGGGUGAGGCCAGCAGAGUUUAUCAAGCCCGAACAGACCCGGAUUUGUCUGUAUGAAGGGGAAUCCAGCGUGUCCUAGAGCCAGCCACCCAAGGCAGCCUCUCCCGGAGUCUGCCAGGAGCCCUGAUAUCUGCAGGGCGGAGCUGCCAGGAGUCUCCGCCCCUCCGCUCCAGAGCCACACAACUCAGUCUGUCUGGUGGGAUUCUGCCCAGACCUGGACAGGGCAGAGCCACCAAGAAUCCAGAGAGUGGGGCUGCCAGGAGCCAGAGCUGGGGCUAGUGGAUCUCCCUUGAGGGGAGGUGCCUGCCCUAUGGAAACAACCUGCAAAUCCAGCUCAAGGCACAGGACUUGGCCCAGGCACCCAUGAGACUCUCUCCACGGACACCCUAGAACAUCUAUGAUGAACCAGGAGCCAAGGCCAUCUCCUCAUGGACCCCAUUAGUUUCCAGCUGGGCACCAAGAACCAGUGGAGUUGGCUUGUGAGGCUGCUCAGCAAUGACCCAGAAUGGCUGAGUGCCAAGGUGAAGUUCUUCCUCCCUAACAUGGACUUGGGCUCCUGGAACAAGGCCACAGACCCCACACAGAGGGUCGUCCUACAACUCAGGGAACUGCACACCCAGGGUCUGGCCACUUGGCAGGCAUUCAUCCACUGUGUGUGCAUGGAGCUGGAGGUGCCCCUGGAGCUGGAGGUGCUGUUGCUGAGCACGUGGGGCCAUGGAGACGAGUUUUCCAAUCCUUUGAAAACUGGUGAAGGAAGCCAACCUGAACCUCAGCUCCACUGUGGCUUCAAGAGACCUCACCAGAGCUGUGGGUCCCCACCCCAGCUAAAGCAGUCCAGGAAGCAGCAGCUAGCAGAGGUGGCCAAGAGGUACCUACAGCUGCUGAGGACGUCUGCCCAGCAGCGCUAUGGUGGGAAGCUCCCUGGGCCAGGGCAGCCCCUCACCUUCCACCAAGCCUACGUCCCUACAAUCCUGCAGUGGAGCCGGGCCACGGCACCCUUCGACACUCAGGAGGGGGCCGUUAUGGGGAGCCCCAAGGCAGAAGAUGGCACUGAUGUGAGCAUCCAGGACCUCUUCAGCUCCAGGGCUGACAAGGGCCCGAGGGUGAUGGUGCUCCUGGGGAAGGCCGGCAUGGGCAAGACCACGCUGACCCGCUGGCUCUGCCAGAAGUGGGCUGACGGCCAGCUAGACCGCUUCCAGGCCCUGUUCCUUUUUGAAUUCCGCCAGCUCAAUCUGAUUACAGAUGUCCUGACACUGCCCCAGCUCCUUUUUGACCUGUACCUGAGCCCCGAGGCAGGCCCCGAUGCCGUCUUCCGGUACCUGGAGGAGAAUGCCAAUGGAGUCCUGCUCAUCUUCGAUGGGCUAGAGGAGGCUCUUCACCCCUGUUCUGCAGGGGAGACUGUAGGUCCUGAGAUGCCAGGUCCAGCCUUUGCCCUUUUCUCUGGCCUGUGCCGCGGGACCCUCCUGCCCGGCUGCAGGGUCAUGGCCACCUCCCGUCCUGGGAAGCUGCCAGACUGCCUGCCCACAGAGGCAGCCAUGAUCCACAUGUGGGGCUUCGACGGGCCCCGGGUGGAGGAGUACGUGGGCCGCUUCUUCAGCACCCAGCAGUCUCAGGAGGCGGCCCUAGCAGAGCUGCGGGCAAAUAGACAUCUCCGGAGCAUGUGUGUGGUGCCCGCCCUGUGCCGAGUCGCCUGCCUCUGCCUCCACCAUCUGCUCCCGGACAUCUCUCCCGGCCAGUCUGUGGCCCGCCUGCCCACUGUGACUCAAAACUACGUGCAGAUGGUGCUCGCCCUCAGCCCUCAAGGGCACCGGGCUGCCACGUCCCUCAUGGGCCUCGGUGAGGUGGCCCUGAGGAGCCUGGAGACUGGGAAGGUUAUCUUCUCUGCAGGAGACAUUCCUCCAUCCAUGAUGGCCUUUGGGGCUGCCCUUGGCCUGCUGACCUCCUUCUGCAUCUGCAAAGGCCCCGGGCGGCAGGAGACAGGCUACGCCUUCACUCAUCUCAGCCUGCAGGAGUUCUUGGCCGCCCUGCACUUGAUGGCCAGCCCCAAGGUGGACAAAGACACACUUGCCCGCCGUGUCACCCUCAAUUCUCGCUGGGUGCUGCGAACCAAAGCUAGACUGGGUCUAUUCGACCACCUCCCCACAUUCCUGGCGGGUCUGGCAUCCUGCGCCUGCCGUCCCUUCCUCAGCAACCUGACACAGCGGGGUGAGGCAUGGGUGGCCACCAAGCAGGCCACAGUCAUACAGGCAUUGAAGAAGUUGGCCAUCCGCAGGCUCACAGGGCCAAAGGUUAUAGAGCUGUGUCACUGUGUGGGUGAGACCCAAGAGCCUGAGCUGGCCAGCCUCAUGGCCCGAAGCCUCCCCUACCAACUGUGCUUUCAUAAUUUCCCACUGACAUAUGCUGACCUGGCUGCCCUGACCAACAUCGUGGGUCACAGGGAUGGCCCCAUCCACCUGGAUUUCGAGGGCUGUCCUCUGGAGCCCUGCUGUCCUGAGGCCCUGGAAGGUUGUGGGCAGGUGGAGAAUCUCAGCUUUAAGAGCAGGAGGUGUGGGGAUGCCUUUGCAGAAGCCCUCUCCAGGAGCUUGCCGACAAUGGGGAGCCUGAGGAAGCUGGGGUUAGCAGGAAGUAAGAUUACUGCCCGAGGCAUCCACCACCUGGUGCAGGCUUUGCCCCUCUGUCCACACCUGGAAGAGGUCAGCUUUCAGGACAACCAGCUCAAGGACCAGGAGGUGCGGAACAUCGUGGAGGUCCUCCCUUGUCUGCCACGGCUCCGGAAGCUUGACCUGAGCCACAACGAUGUCUCCAUGUCAACCCUGCUCUACCUGACCAAGGUGGCAGUCACAUGCCCGACUAUCAGGAUGUUGCAAGUCAGGAAGGCGGACCUCAUCAUCCUUCUCUCUCCGCCUGCAGAGACAGCUGCAGAGCUACGUGGAGCCCCAGACGUUCAGGGAAACGCCAGCCAGCGGAAGGAGGCUCCGAGCAGAAGCCUGGUGCUCAGGCUGCAGAAGUGUCAGCUAACCAGCUGUCACGUGGAGAUGCUCAUAGCCCAGCUCCGGGAAGGCCGUCACCUAGACGAAGUAGACCUCUCAGGGAACCAGCUGGAGAAUGAAGGCUGUCGACUGAUGGCAGAGGCUGCCUCCCAGCUGCACAUCACCAGGAAGCUGGACCUCAGUGACAACGGGCUCUCCGUGGCCGGGGUGCACUGCGUGCUGAGAGCGGCCAGCGCCGGCCGGGACCUGGCGGACCUGCACAUCAGCCUCUUGCACAAAACUGUGGUCCUGACGUUUGCCCCAGAGCUGGAGGAGCAGAAGGGAAUCCAGGAGAGGGCUGUGCCCCCUGACAGCCUUAUGCUCCAGGUGCCCUGUGAGCUGCCCCAGUUCUCCCCACGGAUCAGGCUGACGCACUGUGGUUUGCAAGCUGAGCACCUAGAGCAGCUCUGCACGGCACUGGGAGGAAGCUUCAGCCUCAGCCACCUCGAUUUAUCAGGCAAUGCUCUUGGGGACAAAGGUGCAGCCCAGCUGGCUCAGUGGCUCCCAGGGCUGGGCACUCUGCAGUCCUUGAACCUCAGUGAGAACGGCUUGUCCCUGGACACUGUGUUCAGUCUGGCCCAGUGUUUCUCCACUGUGCAGUGGGUCCUCCACCUGGACAUCAGCUUCGAGAGCCAAUGUGUCAUCCUGAGAGGUGACAGAAGAGCCAGGGGCCUGUCGGCAGCUGGCUCUUUGCCAGAGUUCCCAGCAGGAGCCCAGAUCUCUGGGUUUGACCAGCGCUGUGUCCCCAGGAGCUUCUGCCUCAAGGAGUGUCGGCCAGAGCCCCUGAGCCUCGUCCACCUCUGUGAGACUCUGAAGAAGUGCCCAGGGCCCCUGGAGGUCAAAUUGUCCUGCAUGGUGCUGAGCGAACAGAGCCUGGACACCCUGCUGGGGCACCUGCCCUGGCUCCCCCAGCUAAGCCUCCUGCAGCUAAGCCAGACGCCACUGUCCGCGAGGAGCCCGCUCCUGCUGGCUCACCUCUUCAGCCUGUGCCCACGAGUUCAGAAGGUGGAUCUCAGGUCCUUGCAUGAUGUCACCCUGCACUUCCAGGCUAGCAAGGAGCAGAAAGGCGGGCGCUGUGGCAGGCUCACAGGCUGCGGCCUCAGCGAGAAGCAUGUGGAGCCACUGUGCGAGUUGCUGAGGAAGUGUGAAGACAUCCGCCAGCUGGACCUCUCAGCCAACCAGCUGGGUGAUGAAGGGCUCAGGCGCCUCCUGAAACAUCUGCCUCAGCUGCCCAUCUCCGGUUCUCUUAAUCUGAGUGACAACAGCAUCUCUCAGGAAGGCGUCCUAUGCCUGAUGGGAACUCUCUCUUCCUGCCCACGUGUCCGGGAGGCCUCUGUGAACCUGGGCUCUGAGCAAAGCUUCUGGAUUCACUUCUCGAGACAGGAGGAGGCUGGGAAGACAUUGAGGCUGGGAAAGUGCAGCUUCGGGCCGGAGCACAUGACCAGACUGGCCGCUGGCCUGAGCCGGGCCUGGCGACUGACGGAGCUCACGCUGAGCCAGUGCUGCCUGGGCCUGAAAGACCUGCCCGUUCUCCUGAGUCUGGUGAGGUGGCCAGUGGGACUGCUCCGUCUCAGGGUGGAGGAGCCGUGGAUGAGCAGAGCUGGGCUGUUCACCCUGCUACAAGUCUGCGCCCAGGCCUCAGGCAGCGUCACCGAAAUGAACAUCUCCGAGAGCCAGCUCUGCGUGCAGCUGAAAUUUCCCCGUCAGGAGAGCGCGGAGGCCGUGGUCCUCAGGUUGGCUCACUGUGACCUUGAGACCCACCACAGUCCUCUUGUCAGGCAGCUGAUGCAGACAUGCACCUGGCUGCGGCAGCUCAGCUUGUCCCAGGUGAACCUCUGCCAGAGCAGUUCCCUGCUGCUGCGAAGCUUCCUGCCAUCCCUCGGCACACUGAAGACAUUCAGGCUGGCCUCCAGCUGUGUGAGCUCUGAGGGCCUGGCCCACCUGGCAUCUGGUCUGAGCCACUGUCACCACCUGGACGAGCUGGACUUUUCUAACAAUGAGCUUGGUGAGGAGGGCUCCAGGGUGCUGAUGGGGGUCCUUGAAGGCAAGUUCUGGCUGAAGAGGCUUGACCUCAGCCACUUCCCCCUGGGCGACCCCACCCUGGCUGUUCUCACUCAAAGACUGAGCCACAUGACCCUCCUGCAGAGCCUCUGCCUGAGUAGGAACAACAUUGGUGACAGUGGCUGCUAUCACCUUUCCAAGACUCUCAACGCUGCCACCAACUUGGAGGAGCUGAGCUUGAGCCACAACCAGAUUGGAGACACGGGUGCCCAGCACUUAGCUGCCGUCCUGCCCAGGCUGCCUGUGCUCCGGAAGAUAGACCUCUCAGCGAAUGGCAUCAGCACAGCAGGGGGAGUAUGGCUGGCAGAGUCCCUCGCCCUUUGCAAGAACCUGGAGGAGCUGAUGCUUGGCUGCAAUGCCCUGGGGGACCCCACAGCUCUGGAGCUGGCCCGGGGGCUGCCUCCGUACCUGAGAGUCUUGCACCUGCGGUUCAACCAUCUGGGCCCAGAGGGGGUGCUGAGACUGGGCCAGGCCCUGGACGGAUGCCCACAUUUGGAAGAGAUCAGCUUGGCAGAGAACAGCUUGGCUGGACAGGUCCCCCGGUUCUGUCAGGGGCUCCCGCUUCUCAGGCACAUAGACCUGGCUUCCUGUGAGAUUGACAACCAGGCUGCCAAGCCCCUCGUUGCCAGCUUCGUGCUCUGCCCCGCCCUGGAAGACAUCCUGCUGUCCUGGAAUCUGCUUGGGGACGAGGCGGCUGCUGAACUGGCCCAGGUCCUGCCUCGGAUGGACCGGCUGAAGAGAGUGGACCUGGAGAAGAAUCGGAUUACGGCUUACGGAGCCUGGCUCCUGGCUGAAGGGCUGGCGCAGGGGCCUGGCAUCCAAGUCAUCCGCCUCUGGAAUAACCACAUUGCCCCCGACGUGGCCCAGCGUCUGCAGAGCCAGGAGCCCCGGCUGGACUUUGCUUUCUUCCCCAACCAGCCACAGGCCCCUUGGGGUACUUGAUGGCCACCUCAAGACCCUUUGGAUCCAGCCAAAUGAUGCCAGCUCCCACCGGCCAAGAUAGAGGGCUCAAGGAGGGCCUCAGUGGGGCGCCCCUGCAACUGCCCCAGGAAGGAGGGACACAUUUGUCCUGCUACAGUCUUCAGGGAGGACUUUUUUGGGAACUAGGAGCCUAGUAUGGCCAAUAGACUACCGUGUAUCACAUGAGACAUGCAUGUCUAGAAGGGACAUGUGGUCCAAUUGCGGGUGUCAUGAUGUAUGCAUGACACAGAAGGUCACAUGUGGCAGAGUUCCACGUGACAUUCCAUGGGUCUUGCAGUGUGGCCUGUGGGUCAGUGUCAUGGGUCCUAGCACCAUGCAUGGCAGGACAUAUGAUUGGUGGUUCACAUAAGACAUGUGACAAAUGUUCAUGUCAUAUAACACGUGGCUGGCCAGAUGCCCUCAGGCUGGUCCAAGAUCUAAUUUAUUACUUUAAAAAAACAGGUAUGUAUUUAUAGAUUGCAUUUCCAGAGCAGCUAAGCCAGAGAAUGUCUUCCGUUCAGAACUGGGUGGGGAGAGUAUCUAAACACUGAACGGCCCAGUGGCCUGAGGGCCAGGCCCCUGGACCAAGCCGAGGACUUAGCCAUGAGUCUUCUGGAUGAGUCCCUCCUGCCUCAAGCCUCAUUUGCCCAUCAAUAAACUGGUGACCCCUCCCCUUAAAUGCUACCCUACAGCACUAUGGUCCCCAGUCCAUGGAGAGCCAGCUUGACUUGUAGGAUGGAGCCCAGUCUGUCCUGUGUAAGGGACAAAACCAGGUCUAAGGAUGCAAGGAGUGGGCACUUCUAAGAUAGUCAGGCAAGGCCCGGCCGGGUGGCUCACUGGUUGAGCAUCAACCCGUGCACCAAGAGAUCGCCAGUUCGAUUCCUGGUUGGGGCACAUGCCCAGGUUGUGGGCCUGAUUCCCAGUGGG